ACCACGGCUACAAGGCUGGGAUCCCAUCGGCGUGAUCCCAGUCCUCGGAGAGGCGACAUGUGGCUUACACUGGUGCUGCUGGCCGUGCUGCUGCUGGCCGUCUUCCUCAAAGUUUACCUGUGGCUGUUCUCAGGCAGCUCCCCGAAUCCCUUCUCCGAGGACGUCAAACGGCCACCAGCACCUCUGGUGAUCGACAAGGAGUCCCGAAAGAAGGUCCUCAAACAAGCUUUCUCAGUCAGCCGAGUGCCAGAGAAGCUGGAUGUGGUGGUAAUUGGCAGUGGCUUUGGGGGCUUGGCCGCAGCUGCAGUUCUGGCCAAAGCUGGCAAGCGAGUUCUGGUGCUGGAACAACAUACCAAGGCAGGGGGCUGUUGUCAUACCUUUGGAAAGGAUGGCCUUGAAUUUGACACAGGAAUCCAUUAUGUUGGGAGCAUGCAGGAAGGCAGCUUUGGCCGUUUUAUCUUGGACCAGAUCACUGAGGGGCAGCUGGACUGGGAUGCCUUGUCCUCUCCCUUUGACGUCAUGGUACUAGAAGGGCCUAAUGGCCGAAAGGAGUUCCCAAUGUACAGCGGGGAGAAAGCCUACAUUCAGGGUCUCAAGGAGAAGUUUCCCCAGGAAGAAGCUGCCAUUGACAAGUAUAUAAAGCUGGUUAAGCUGGUAGCCAGAGGAGCCAUUCAUGCCAUCUUGUUGAAGACCCUUCCGUUGCCUGUGGCUCAGUUCCUCAGCAAGUGUGCGCUGCUCACCCAUUUCUCUCCAUUCCUUCGCACGUCCACCCAGAGCCUGGCUGAGAUCCUGCAGCAGCUGUUCACCUCCCGGGAGCUCCGGGCAGUGCUCAGCUACAUCUACCCCACGUACGGUGUGACCCCCAGCCACACCACCUUUUCCAUGCAUGCUCUGCUGAUUAACCACUACAUGAAAGGGGCCUUUUAUCCUCGAGGGGGUUCUAGUGAAAUCGCCUUUCACACCAUCCCUGUGAUUGAGCGGGCUGGCGGCGCUGUCCUGACGAGGGCCCCUGUGCAGAGUGUGUUGCUGGACUCAGCUGGGAAAGCCUGUGGUGUCAGUGUGAAGAAUGGUCAAGAGCUGGUGAACAUCUAUUGCCCCAUCGUGAUCUCUGAUGCAGGACUGUUCAAUACCUACAAGUACUUAUUGCCAGAGAACGCCCGCUGCCUGCCAGGUGUGAAGCAGCAGCUGGAGAUGGUACGGCCAGGCCUGAGCAUAUUCUCUGUCUUCAUCUGCCUACGAGGUACCAAGAAGGACUUGGGGCUGCAGUCCACCAACUACUAUGUUUACUUUAACACACACAUGGAUGAAGCGAUGGAGCACUACCUCGCUAUGCCCCGGGAAAAGGCUGCAGCACACCUGCCUCUCUUAUUCAUUGUCUCCCCAUCAGCUAAGGACACGACCUGGGAGGACCGAUUCCCAGACCGGUCCACUAUGAUCGUGCUGGUGCCCGCCUCCUAUGAGUGGUUUGAGGAGUGGAAGGAGGAGCCACAGGAAAAGCGGAGCAGCGACUAUGAGACUCUGAAAACCUCCUUCGUUGAAGCCUCUCUGUCAGUCGUCAUGAAGCUGUUCCCACAGCUGGAGGGGAAGGUGGACAGUGUGACCGGAGGAUCCCCGCUGAGCAGUCAGUUCUACCUGGCUGCUUUCCAGGGUGCCACUUACGGAGCUGACCAUGACUUGGGCCGCCUGCAUCCUCAUGGGAUAGCCUCUCUCAGGGCCCAAAGCCCCAUCCCCAACCUCUACAUGACAGGCCAGGAUAUCUUCACCUGUGGGUUGAUGGGGGCUCUGCAAGGGGCCCUUCUGUGCAGCAGUGCCAUCCUGAAACGCAACGUGUACUUAGACCUUAAGAGGCUUCGUUCAAGGAUCCAGGCGCAAAAGAAGAAGAAUUAGUCCGGUCAGGGAUGAGUCAGCGCUAUGGCACAACCCCUGACUUAGCCAUGAUGUCUUUCAGUAUUAGUUUCUGCUCACGUAAAGCACUCUCAUUUGUUUUUGAUUUCUGAAUGGAGAUCUGACACACAGGUCUAGCAGAGAUCAUAGUUCUCCAAAUGAAGCUCUUCUAGCUGGGGCAGGGAUGAUGUUUCAUACCUUUACAUGCUAGUCCUAAUAAAAGGCCCAAGGGGUUACUGAUCUGGAUAGCCUUAAUGCCUAAUCAAGCACUGCUCUGCACCCCACACCCAUCCCUCCUAACUCAACAAUCAAACUGAAUAUUCUUUGGUCAGGUGGCUAGAACCCUUGAAAGUGCUAGACCAGCUGUCUCUAGGCUUCUCCUCAUCCACUUCUUGUGCUGUGCUGCAAUCUACACCAUUAAAGAAAAUGGUGCCUAGUGAGGUUUUAGUCAAAGUUUUGAAGGUUCAGAGGACUCCGGAUCGUAUUUUUGGCUGGUUCCAGUGGCUCUUGGAGAGGGUGGAGACAUACCUGUGAUAGACUCAAUGAGGUUGUGGGGGCUGGAGGUAAUGGAUAAGAUGUAUUACUUGGCAAAAUAUGUGUUACAAGAUAAUAUCCCAUUUGUAUACAGCCAAGGCCCUAGGUCUGUCAUCCUUAUAAUUGGGUGACGUUGGGUUCUCAAUGUGCCAGCACCAAGACACACCCUCAUGGAGCCUUGAGGCUUAUCUUCCAAAGAUAUGGAGCAAAGAUACAGAGCAAAGGGUGAUGUUACUAGUCAGGGCACAGGACUGGAAAAGUGACUCCGCUGGGGUUAAAGCAGGCUGUAAGGGCAUUCCCGGCCAAUGUUACAGCAGAGGACAAGUGCCAAGAGGUAACUGAAUGAAUAGUGACAAACGGCCCAACUCGCUACCCCCUAGACCUAGAACAUGGGCUGUCUGGCGGGGAGGAGAAGUGGGGCUGGAAAUCAGCUGUGACCACAACAAGGGAAGCUACAGAAUGUGUACGAAGCCCAGAGUGGCGCUUCCAGUUUAUUGGAGAUUGGAUGGGAAGGUGAAUGA